AUGUCUUCGGCGAACGGCGCGUCGUCGCCGAAAAACGACGGCACGAGCACCACCACCGCGGCGAACAACACCAACAGCAACAUCAACGACGAGAAGAGCAACACUCCUGCGACUACUACUACGAAUAAUAAUAACACGAAGAUUUCGCUCGCGCACAUCACGAAACCGUCGUCGUCGUCGAAACCUUCUUCGAUUAUUCCGCCUCCGAAUUACGUCACGCCGUCGCCGCCUUUGACCACCACCACCACCACCGAUGAGGCUUUUUCUUCCGAUAAAGGUAAAAUAGCAGCGACGACGACGAUGAUACCCACCACGUCGACGGGCACGAAGUCGAGGGAACACAGCGUUUUGCCCGCCGGAGGUGCGAUGAACGCGGAGGAUUUUGUGUUAUUAGCGAAGCAGAAGCAAAAAGAGCAACAACAGCGACAACAACAACAACAACAACAACAACAGGCGAAAGGCGUGUUUGGUUCGCAAGCGACGCAUAAGCCGGCGUUUGGGAAGUCACCCACGCCUCCUCCUCUUCCUGCUGCUGCUGUUGCGAGUAAUCCUCCUCCCGCGAGCACUGGACAGAAGAAGGCGAACGUGUGGACGCGUCCGGUGGCGAGUCCAUCGGCGCCGGCUGGAGGAGCUCGCGGCGCGUCUCCGAACGGAGUGCCUUCGCCGGCUCCGCCGGCUCCGGCGGCUCCAGCGGCUCCAGCGACGGCGGCAGUGGUGCCAUCACCGCCGGCGAGCAAUGGUAAUACUACUAGCAACAAGAACAACAACAACAACAAUAGUAACAAGAGCACCGGAGCUACUGCGAAUAUUAAAUCGACCGUGGCGACGCAAACGAACGCGUCGAUGAUUACGAAGAAACAACAACAACAACAACAACGAACGGUAGUAAGUAAUGUGAGCAAGGGAACACCGUCGCCCGUGGCGAAACAGCAAAUUCAGCAACCUCAACAACAACAAAAAGAGAAAGCGAAAUCGCCACUCGUUGAAGUCGCAAAAUUUCCGAAAGAUCCUCAACCUAUGGGCACGGCGACGACAAAGGAUGCUCCCACAAGCGCCGGUCCGGUGAACACAACGACGACGACGACUUCUGUGACGAACAAAUCGGUACCUACGAAAUUAUCUAGUGGUGCUGCUGCCGGCGGUAGUCGAUCUAACGCUACGAAUGCCACAACAACUACUACUGCGACGACGAAUACGAACACCACUAAAGUGAUUCCAACGCAACCGCUGUCUAGAAGACGAGCCUCGCCGCCGGCGGACGCGAUCUACACCGAGAACGAGUCGCUCCUUACGGACUCCCCGGGGCCACCGGAAGUGCAAAAUAAUAAUAACAACGCGAAAAAGAGCAGUAUUACCGCGACGACGAAAGCGGCGGCGGCGGUCUCUGUCAAAGAAAGCGCGGCAGCACCGCCGGUGGCGGUACCAGCGGUGGUGCCGCUAGCCGGGCCCGCGAAAGAGUAUCGAGGUAAAAUAUCUUGUCCCGCGUGUGCGAAAGAUUUCGAAGGCUCGUCCAAGUUGCGCGUGCACGUUAUAAAAUGUCGUGGCGCGCACGCCGGUGGUAGCAAGAUGGCUUUACUUACUGACGACAGAAUCAACGCCUACGUGGCGGCUAAGCAUCGCGAAGCUCUACAGCUUGGUAAAGACGCGGCGCAACAAAGGAAAAAAGACGCGGCGUCUGCAGAAAUGACUCCAUCGAAAGCGAUGACUGAAGCUACGGACGACGACAGCGAUUCGGAAGAACCGAAAAUCUUUCACCCUUCUAAAAAGCAAUUGAAUGAAAAAGGCAAAGACAGCGGUGAUGAAAAGAACAACGCGACGUUGGGUAAAGAGAAGAGCACUUUGCAAGGCAUCGAGGAAACGUUACUCGGUGACGGAGACAGCGAUUCAGACGACCGAGAUUUUGCAACGCAUGCGGCGGAUGUCGCCUCGCGAAAGAAAAAGACGCCUUCAAAACAACGCGCCGGUGCAAGUGUUCGAGUUACUCCCGACGACGCGCUCGCGGAGAGAUUACUUCGCGACGACGUCAAUUUCCCGCCAGCGGCGACGAAUUCAACGAGAAGUCGAGGUGGUGGUGCGAAAAAUACCAACAAAUUGGACGAUUUCGAAAGCGACGAUGAGCAACGACCUGCUUUUCAAACGCAAAAAUUCGCGAACAAAUCGAAUGAUAAAGUGCCAGAAGCUUUGAGGUGCACACGAACAAACGGCGUGUGGCGCUGUUCAAAAGAAAAGGUUGCCGGCGCGAUAUUUUGCGAAAAACAUUUGCCAAAGUCCGCGAAUGUGAAAUCGAUAGUCGCAAAAGGAAAGUCCGGGCGCGGGAAACAGACGGUUGAUGAUAUCGAACCCGAGAAGGAAGAUUUGUUGACCGAUGACGAAGAGGAGGAAGAGGAUGAGACAGCGGUACCGAAUAAGAAAGAUACGAGCUUUCGAGGUCGGAAGCCGCACCUUCUCGUGUCUGGUGAUGCGGUGAAGAAGCCGGUCUCGCUCACUGGGAAAACGCUCGAUUGUCCGCAUUGUGGGAAACGUUUCGAGAAGAAUAGUCCGGGAAGAUCUUCGCACAUUCGCGCGUGCGUAACCAAAACUCGAAACGCGGGAGGGAAAAUUCGAAAUUCAGUUUCACUUACACCUUCGCCUGUAAAAUCGGUCUCAGUGGUCAAAAAGGUCGCGGCGGCGCCUGCUCCAGCUCCUGUCGCCCCACCACCACCGCCCGCAAAAGCUGCCGCUUCGAGUGCGCUUACGUGCGAGAAAUGCGGCAAGGUUUGCAAAAGUCAAGGUCCUCUGACGAUGCACGUGCGAUCGUGUAAAGGCAACGGCUCGAGUAUCGCCGCGCCGCCAGUCGCCCCUGCAAUGAAGAAACGCGGUCGACCUCCCUCAAAUGUGCCUGUGACUGCGAUGGUACCAGAAAAACUCCCAGAACCGACCCCGCCACCGCCAAAAGCACCGACGAUUAAAAAAUACAAGUCUAAUGACGGAAAGCCGGAUUGGAUGUGCCGCGCCAACGGAGGAACUUGGAGCUGCAACGAAGCUAAACUUCCCGGUGAUACUGUGUUUUGUGGGAAGCAUACAAAAAAGAAAGGAGUCGCGAAGAGACCCGCCGAGGUUGUACCGGGAACAGAACUACCAGCAGCAAAGAAAGCGAAAACGACUGUUCGAAUUGCUUUUCAAACCAAGCUCUGCGGGUAUUGCAAUCACGAGAAGUUCCAAGACAGAGAAGACUUGGUGGCGCAUUUGAAGACGAGUCACGGGAUUACCGAAGUCGUGGUAUCGAAAUUGCCGGUCGAUGGGGUGACAACAAUGCCCAGAUACGACCUCGUCGUCGGCGCACUCGGUCGACCUCCCUCAAAUGUGCCUGUGACUGCGAUGGUACCAGAAAAACUCCCAAAACCGACCCCGCCACCGCCAGAAGCACCGACGAUUCAAUACAAGUCUAAUGACGGAAAGCCGGAUUGGAUGUGCCGCGCCAGGGGAGGAAAUUGGUGCUGCAACGAAGCUAAACUUCCCGGUGAUACUGUGUUUUGUGGGAAGCAUACGAAAAAGAAAGGAGUCGCGAAGAGACCCGCCGAGGUUGUACCGGGAACAGAACCACCAGCAGCAAAGAAAGCGAAAACGGCUGUUCGAAUUGGUUCUACAACCAGGUUCUGCGGGUAUUGCACUCACGAGAAGUUCCAAAACAGAGAAGAUAUGGUGGCGCAUUUGAAGACGAGACACGGGAUUACGGAAGUCGUGGUAUCGAAUUCUCCGGUCGAUGGGGUGACAACAAUGCCCAGAUACGACCCCGACGCCGCUCCAGGGAUACUUUCUCCGUCUCUGUCUCCUUUGACUCUGCCGGAUUCUCGUCCUCCGGCUCGUAUCGCGGCUGCGAAAUCCGCUCCAGUUUUGUUUCAGCAGGCACCUGCCAUGGCUGCGGCGCCCGCGGAGACGGACUUGACGUGCCAAAAAUGUGGUAAAGUUUUGAGGAAUAAGGCUGGGUUUGUGGGUCACGUGAGAGUUUGCAAAGGAGCUAACGCUGCGUUCAAUGCGAAUACACCUGCAAUACCCCCAGCGGCAAAAUUACAAGAAGCAGUGGGCACCGUCGGAACGAGGCGACAGCGGCGCAACGAACCGCCUUCCUCGGACUUUGGAGUCGCCUCACCGUCGGUUCCAAGAAAAGACGUCGCGGUCGUUAGCACGAAACGAAACGAACGCAGCUCCUCUUUAGCGUUGACUGUACCCAACAACAAGUCUAGCGGAGGUAUUGUUACUGCGGUGGCAGAUUCGGCGGAAAUUGCGAAACUUCUUGAAGUUGUGAAUACGCAAAACGCGCGCAUUCAGCAGCAAGAUAUUGCGAUUAAGAAGCUCGCCGACCAGUGCUUGUUAAUGUCGCAGAAUAUCAAAACUGGAUGGCUACCUCCAUUUGACCCUACGGCGGAAAUAAAGCGGAUUAAAGCUCCUGGCGCGAACCCGGGAUACAACCCGAUCAUUCAAUUCGGACGUUUGUUGUGGCUCACUGGUAUCGUCUCUCGAGAACUGUCCAACGACGCGGGAGAACAAACGCUCUCUGCUUUGCAGAAUAUGAAAUUUAUGCUCACGCAAGCCGGGACUGACUUGAAACAUUUGUUAAGAGUCACGUUACACGUGAGCGACAUUCGAGUCAUGGAGAAGACGGCGAGCGCGUGGAAAGAGUUUUUCAUAAAAAGAAACGGCAUGAAGGAAGAAGACUUACCCGUCCGAUUAACGACGCAGGCGGUGUUGAAAGAUCCAAAGUUUUUAGUCGAAGUACACGCCGAAGCGGUCGUGCCAGAGAAGAAAGAUGAUAUGAAAAGUGCGGCUGAUGGUGCAAAAGCGGCUCUUGGGAGCGCCUAA